AUGAGCCAUACAUCUAGAUCAUCACCAUCAUAUCCACAAUCAACCACGAUGGCGUCCAAAGUCCUUGUCGCAAUCCUCCUGCUCGCCGCGGCGACGCCAGCGUCGCUGGCUGCCAUCGAUGUGGUGCAGCUGCUCGCCGGCAAGCCCCAGUACGCAACCUUCCUGAGGCUCCUGAAGGAGACAAAGGUCGCCGAUGACGUGAGCCGCCUCAAGUCGGCUUCCGUGCUGGUCGUCACCGAGAAGACCGUGAAGCCACUCUUGGCGGUGCCGGCCGCCAAGCAGCGGACGAUCCUCCUGCAUCAUGUGCUCAUCAAGUAUUUCGACCCCAUCCAGCUGGGCGAGAUGAAGACCAACGUCGCCAAGCUCCAGACCAUGCUCUCCAACACGGAUGAGGACAUGGGCACCAUCAACUACUCCAAGGACAAGGACGGCCAGAUGUACCUACGCUCCCCAGGCGCCGACAGUGUCGCCAAGCUCGUCAAGGUCGUCGCCGCGCGCCCCUUCACCAUCUCCAUCAUGGAGAUCAGCGCGCCGCUCUUGUGCCCCAAGCUACUCGGCCCUGGCGCCGCCGGCGCUGCCGCGGGCAGGCCCAAGGGCAAGGGCAAGGGCAAGAUCAAAACCAUGUCCGCUGAGGAAGGGGCCACCGCCGCGGCUCCAACUGCCUGA